UUUAUUAUUAAAGUGAUAGAAACUUCCAAACGAGAGUUCAAAAAUUGAUGAAAAAAGUUUUCCAAAAAUAAAGAGCACUCAACUCAAAGCCUGUGAUAUUGUUGUAAAGAUAUCUUCAUGUGAUCAAUUUUCAAAAGGCUCAAUAAAUGCCUUGCCCAAUUGCACUUGAAUAUGCCUAUAUAAAAGGUCUGGCCCUUCUCACUUCACAUCCAUUCUACAACAAAACAUGAAGAUCUUCACGUUGUUUCUCAUUGCCAUCCUCCUCAUACAGGUUUUCGCGGAGGCUGUUUUCUUUAACAAUGACGAAGAUACUGCUGCACAGAUAGAGGCAGACAAUGAAGGAGCUCUUCACAAAAAAAUUCACCCAACUAAGAGGAUCCACUGUGGGUAUGCAUGUGCAAGGAGAUGCAAGAAGUCGUCAAGAAAGAAGGUGUGCACAAGGGCAUGCAAGACAUGUUGUGCAAGAUGCAAGUGUGUUCCACCAGGCACUUACGGAAACAAGGAAGCUUGCCCCUGCUAUGCUAGGCUUAAGACUCAUGGCAACAGGCCUAAGUGCCCUUAAUAUGUAGUAAUUUCUUUAUUGACUAAGAAGAAUGCAUACUUUUUACUAAAUAAAUGCUUAGAUUUUAUUUAACUUCUCUUUUUUCUAUUUUAGUUCUGGGGGGCUGUGUUUGGGGGUCAGAGGGAAUAAAAUGAGAGAUAUUGCUCAUGAGUGUACAGAGUGUGCUUUUGAAUAUUCGAUUAUGUUAUGACUCAUUUUUUUGUCAGAUAAAUACAUAUACAUAUAUUAUGUGUGUAUUCUGGGGAAUAAAGUUAUUGAAGCUUUUUAA